CAAAUUUCACUUACGUUCACUGAUUACGUUCUGCUGACUCCGCAGCCGCAGCUCGGACUCGUCGCGGAGUUUGUUUCGUGAACUUCAGUUGGCGGCUCGUUACUUGGCCUCUUGGCACGUCCACUCAUCAAAGUGGUCAAUAUUUGUUUCCUUUCGCGUGCAUUGUCCGACAAUAGUAACCAGUUAGAUAGUUUUUGAUAUCUAGGGAAAAUGGAACUGAGUGAGGUGAAUGUCAGUAGGCAUAAUCGCAGUAUUUCGCAGCUGAUUGGUGGCAGUACGGAUCAAAUGUCCAUAGAAAUGGGUAUUUCUAAUCCAGCAUUGCACCAGAAUAAUGAAAUUGAAGAUGACGACGAAGAAGAAAAUAAAGAUGGAUCUGAUCGUAAGAACUCAUUAAGCUGUUUACCAGAUGGGCCUUUCUCUGCCGAUUCAGAAUACGAUGAAACACUUGCAUUUCCUGAUUCUGUAACCAUACUAUCGAUGGGCGGUGAUAAUCCUGUGUUAGUUGAACGAACGGAAGGCGAUGACGAACACGACACAAAUGUACCUGAAAUCGAAAUUAAAUUUACAAGCGUUUAUAAUACGCCUGUGAAGUUUAAGUCUUUCCAACGGAAAAUAUUCAUUCCUGGAAUGGAAGUGAAUGUUCGGAUAAUACACAAUGAUCGAAGCAUAACUACGCAUUUGUUGAAUCCAAAUUUAUACACAAUAGAACUGACCCAUGGCCAAUUUACUUGGACAAUAAAAAAACGUUAUAAACAUUUUAAUGCGCUGCAUCAGCAACUUAGAGUUUUUAAAGCAUCGUUGAAUUUCCCGUUCCCGUCCCGUAGUCAUAAGGAAAAACGCGCAAGCUUCAGGGAUUGCUACCAAGUACAACCUACUUCAAACACUCCAGCUACUAAUGAUAAGAAAAAGAGGAAGGCCCUCCCACGUUUCCCAAACCGUCCUGAAUCCUUAGUGACAGUGGAAUCACUGCCAAAUCGUAUUCAACAACUAGAACAGUAUUUGUAUAAUCUGUUGAACAUCAGUCUUUAUCGGAACCACUACGAAACGACAAAUUUUCUAGAAGUCUCAAACAUAUCCUUCAUUCCGGCACUGGGGGAGAAGGGUACUGAAGGACCUGUUAUGAAAAGAACAGGAUCAACUCGACCUGGCCAAGCUGGAUGUAAUUGUUUCGGUAUUCUGCAGCACAACUGUUGUGUGCGUUGUAAUUAUUUUUGUUCCGAUGUUUUAUGCGGAAAAUGGAGGAAUCGAUGGUUCUUCGUAAAAGAAACAUUUUUUGGCUACAUGCGACCAUCAGAUGGCGCUGUAAGGGCGGUUGUGCUAUUUGACCAAGGAUUCGAUGUGUCAACUGGGAUGUAUAGUACUGGUAUGCGUAAUGGUAUGCAAAUUAUAACAAAUAAUCGUCAUAUGAUUUUAAAAUGCUGGACAAGAAGAAAAUCGAAAGAAUGGAUGAACCACUUGAAGGACGCUGCAAACGGUUCAGCUCGAGACUUCACCCAUCGAAAUUUACAUAUGUCAUUUGCACCUGUAAGAUCUUCAAUGCAAGCAGGUUGGUUUGUAGAUGGAUCAAGCUAUAUGAGUGCGGUGGCUGAUGCGUUAGAGGCUGCAACAGAGGAAAUCUAUAUUGCUGACUGGUGGCUGAGUCCGGAGAUUUAUAUGAAGCGACCCGCAAUUGACGGAGACUAUUGGAGGUUGGAUAAAAUAUUACAACGAAAAGCGUCGCAGGGAGUUCGAGUUUUUGUGCUACUCUACAAAGAAGUCGAAAUGGCCUUAGGUAUUAACAGUUAUUAUAGUAAGCAACGGCUUGUAGAUGCUCAUGAGAAUAUUAAGGUUAUGAGACAUCCAGAUCAUGCACGUGUGGGUGUUUUUUUCUGGGCUCAUCAUGAAAAAAUUGUAGUUGUGGAUCAGACCUACGCCUUUCUUGGUGGAAUUGAUUUGUGCUAUGGACGUUGGGAUGAUUUCAGACAUCGCCUUACAGAUUUAGGUAGCAUUUCUACAUCUAGUGCAUCUGGAAGCAUUCAACGACGCUCAAACCUUUUCUUCAACGAUACAGACUCCGCAAUUGGAUCUCAAAAAUCUUCUUCACACCAUGUAACAAUUCAAGAGGAUCAGACGGACAAGCCUGUGCUGGAACCUGGAGAUCAUUUACUGAUGCCUAGUUAUGGCCAAGACCAGUCGUCUAUAGAGGAACACAUGAAGCAGAAUACACCCGAGAUGGAGCGAAGGAGAGUUCUAGAAAAAUUCAAAGAUAAUGUUCGAAGGGGGAAGGACCUUAUGCAUCGUUUAACUUCAAUAGAUGGAUCAAAUGAACACAAGAGUUUGGAGCAAACGAAAGACAAAAAUUUGUUCUUCUCAGGAAGUGAAAUUGAAGAAGGUCGUAAAGCAGGGUAUGAAGAUCCAACGCCAUUUCAAACUCAGGUCCUCAACACAUACAGUGGACAAGCCAAGUUCUGGUUCGGCAAAGACUAUACAAAUUUCAUUAUUAAGGAUUUCGUUAACUUGGAUGCACCUUAUGCUGAUUUAGUGGAUAGGACAACCACACCAAGAAUGCCUUGGCAUGAUGUUGGUGUUGUAGUUUGCGGGAGUGCAGCUAGAGACGUAGCCCGCCACUUCAUUCAACGAUGGAAUGCUACAAAACUGGAGAAGACUCGAGAAAAUAUGUCCUUCCCAUAUUUAAUGCCAAAAUCCUACAAUAACAUACAAACGGCCGAUAAAUUACCAAAAGUAAUUCUGCACCGUGUAACAUGUCAGGUGCUGCGAAGCGUUUCAAGUUGGAGCUGUGGAUUUAUAGAAAGUGAUCUCGUUGAGCAAAGUAUCCAUGACGCAUACAUUCAAACAAUUACAACAGCUCAACAUUAUAUUUAUAUCGAAAAUCAGUUUUUCAUAACAUUACAAAUGGGCAAUGGGUUUGUGAAAAACCAAGUGGGCGAAACGUUAUUCAAACGAAUUAUUCGAGCGCAUAAAGAAGGCAAGGUAUUCCGCGUGUAUGUGGUUAUGCCACUUUUGCCUGGAUUCGAAGGUGAUGUUGGCGGCACAUCAGGAAAUGCUUUGAGAGCCAUUACGCAUUGGAACUAUGCUUCAAUCUCUCGAGGAAAAGGUUCUAUUUUGCAUCGCUUAAAGGAGGCAGGCAUAGAAGAUCCCAGUGAAUAUAUUUCAUUCCACAGUUUACGCACAAAUUCUGUUCUCAAUAAUUACCCCGUAACGGAGUUAAUUUACGUUCAUUCGAAACUUUUGAUCGCUGACGAUAAAGUGGUAAUAUGCGGUUCAGCAAACAUCAAUGACAGAUCAUUGAUAGGCAAACGUGAUUCUGAAAUAGCAGUUAUCAUCGAGGAUGAGGAAUUUGAACAAGGUCGUAUGAACGGGGCUACGCAUCCUUGUGGAGUAUAUGCCGGUCGAUUACGGAAAUAUUUGUUCCGAGAACAUUUAGGUUUAUUAGAGCCUGAUGCUGAGCGAAUGCCCAUUGAUGUUACGGACCCAGUUAUAGAUACCUUUUGGAAUGGAAUUUGGAAACGUACUUCGCAACGAAAUACAGAAAUCUACGAUGAAGUAUUUAAAUGCAUUCCAACGGAUAAUGUAAAAAGUUUUCUGGCUCUGAAAAAGUACCAGGAAGAGCCAGCAUUAUGUAAAACUGAUCCAGAAAGGGCGAUGCGUCGAAUCAAUAAUAUUCAGGGUCAUUUAGUACACUUACCUCUAGAAUUUUUAAAUACAGAGACUCUAACACCCCCGGGGACAAGUAAGGAGGGACUAAUUCCAACUUCUGUAUGGACAUAGUAUUUUUUUACAAUUUUAGUAUUUCCAAUUGUUUGCUUUUAUUGUUAUGUGCAUCUCGCAGAAAUGUUUCUUUUUAAAGUGUGAAUGAAUCGUUUAACCGUUGACCGGAUACUUGUUAUUAAUAUCCGGAAGUAACCACAUACCAACCAGUACUUUAUCGUUUAUAGCAUUUUUACCAGAAAAAUUGUUUUACAGAAUAGUGAUACAUAUGCAUAUAUGGCUUUUUUGUUUCAGUAUUUAUGAGGAGAAAGAUUAGAAAUAACCAAGAUAUGUUUUUAGCAGUACUGUGCAAAAUAUUAAUAAAUUAUAUUUUUGAAAUAAAACAGA